GGCGCUCGAUGAUGGCUACUUGGGAUUGGUGCCGCAGUUGAGAUACCAUUAUUGGUUUCCUCUGCCCAUGAAAGGUGGUGUGGGCGAGCAUGCGCUGAUUCAGGCUUUUAAUGGUCGGGCAAAUGCAACGUUUACCAUUAAUCCUAUGUUGGCUACUUUUUCAGGGGAUCGUCAAGUCUACUCGCCUUGGCUCAACUCGCUUGUCGGCCCCGAUCUCAUUCCGCUCUUCUUUGCCGCACAGGGCGCCAAGCUCCGCAACGUUGACAACUUUGUCAACGUGACGCACGUCUGGCACGAGCUCGGCUUUGAAGACGAUGCACUGGACAUUGCCAAGACCGCGUCGAUGGGCGACGAUGGUGCCUACUACGGCAUCCCCAUUCUCGGCGACGCCGAGCUCUGCAUGUACAACCGCCGCGUGGUCGAGGAUGAGCUUGGCCUCGCCGCCCCGACAACCUUUUCCGAGCUCAAGCGCCUCUGCGCCGCCGUCAAGGCUACAGGCAGAACUUGCCUCGCCGCCCAGGAGCUGCCGUUUGUUCCACCCACCGUUCUCUUUGAUUUUCUCUUCAUCACCAUGCACGGCAACUCGGCCUACGUCGACUUCUUUGAGGGCAACAUUUCGUUCACCGACCCGCGGGUCAACAACACGCUCGCCGAAGUCCUCAAUCUGCUCGAGCUCGGCUACAUCGAGCCGAACCGCGCAUUUGAGCCUCCGAACCACUACCUGGUUGCCGAUCUGGCGUCCGACGACGUCGUCAUCGGGUGCGGCAUGGAGUCGACCCGGUUCUUUGCCGUCGAGCGUGGGCUCAACGCCUCCGACAUUGUCACCUUUUACUGGCCGACAUACGACGGCCUCCGCGGCUCGCGGCCUGUUGGUGAGCCAACCGACGCCACCAUCGGCCUCCUCGUCAACCUCGGCAUCCCACAAAGCUCAGCCUACAAGAACGAAGCGCUCGAGUAUCUCCGCUAUGCCGGCUGCCGCGACGUCCAGGCCGAACUCCUUGGCAAGCUUGGCGACGCGUAUCCGAUUCGCAAGUCGCUGCAGUACCUCGUCGGCGACUCGCUCGCUGCAAAGCAGGCGACCUCGUCCAAGGUCUUUCGCCUCAACACCUUUGUCGGCUUUGGCGUGGCGCGCCUCGGCCUCCGCUGGUCAUCGGCCAUCUCGGAAAUGCUCCUUGCGCCCACUCCCGCCGCCGCGAACGCUGCCGUCGUCGACAAUCUCGAGUCUUUUGAGAUCGACCGCCAGCGCCUGGUCCACCUCCAGACCCUCCCGCCGACCACUAAUAUUGCCUCGGGCACGUACACCACCGCCAUCGUGGUUACCCUAGUCUCGCCCAUGCCCGACGCUGUCAUCUACUUUACCCUUUUUGCCGACGAGGUGCCCACCACCGCGUCGACCGUUUACUCGGGCCCGAUCUCGCUCGGCACCACCGGGACAUACCACCUCAAGGCGUUUGCGCAAGCCAGUGGCCUCAAGCCGUCGUCGCUGGUCACCGGCGUCUACUCGAUCCAGCUCGCCAGCGAGAAGCCGGCCAACUCGCUCGCGCUCAUCCUCGGCAUCGUCCUCUCGCUCGUCGCCCUCACCGUCGCCGCCAUCGCCAUCAUCGCCUACGUCCUCCACAAGCGCCGCUCCAUUGUCUACCGCCUCGGCUCGGACGACAAGCUCGUCAUCCCCGCCUCUAGCGUUGUCCUCUCGGUCUGCGUCGGCGAGGGCUCGUACGGCACCGUGUACCGCGGGCGCUGGCGCGCCACAGACGUUGCCGUCAAGCGAACACGCCAGGCCACACUCACGCCCAAACGCUUGCGCCAGUUUGUAGACGAGGCCUCGACGCUCCUCCGCCUCCGCCACCCCAACGUCCUCAUCUUUAUGGGCGUCAUCCUCGAUCCGCCCGCCAUUGUCACCGAGUUUAUGGACCACGGCUCGCUCUACGACGUUCUGCACAAGCCGAAUCUCGUCCUCGACCCGUCAAUCAUCUUCAAGUGGGCCCACAACGUGGCCCAGGGCCUCGAGUUUCUCGCAGCCGCAGGCGUUGUCCACGGCGACGUCAAGUCGCUCAACGUUCUCUUUGACUCCUCGUGGUCGCCCAAGAUCGCCGACUUUGGCAUGUCGUCCAUCAAGGCCGACUCGGGCCUGGUUGCCGUCGCCGCCGCCUCGGCCACACGCCCACCGACACGGUUCGUCUCGUCGCACUCACGCUCCUUUCGCCAUCGCGCCAGCACCGUCGCCCCGGCGACCGGCGCGCCUCCCGCCACCACCACCCACAUCUCUGCCAACCGCUCUCUCAUGUCGGGCGCAGCCACCGCAGACGGCAUCCGCUUCGAGGUUGGCACCCUCUUCUGGGCCGCACCCGAGGUCCUCAUCGGCGGUGCGUCCGCCAUGUCUGAGGCCUCGGACACCUAUGCCUUUGCCAUCACGCUCUGGGAAAUGGCCACUCGCUCCGAUUUGUAUCCGGGCGAGAACCCGCUCUCGGUCGCUCUCGAGGUCAUCGACGGCCGUCGGCCAGAUCUCACUUGCGUCUCCUCGGUCUUUGAGCCAAUUGUUCACCUCGUUCCCUGCCUCUGGUCCAACGAGCCGAGCGAGCGACUCUCACUCCACGCCACCUCGGAGCUCCUCGAGUCGACGUACUCGCUCGCUGACGUCAUGUAUCCCAAAGCGCCGACACACCCAUCCGGCCUUGUUGUCGCCGUCCACCUCGCCAUCCCGGGCAUCGCUGGCCACCUACUCAAGGACCACGAGGCAACCGCCGAGCUCAUCUCUUCCUUCCACCAAGUCGUGAAUACCUCGCUCGUCGCUACCGGCGCGCACAUCUUUCGCGCCAUGCUCGGCGCCGUCACGGUCGCUUUUGCCAAAUCAUCGCAGCUUCUGCCCCUUGCCCGUGCCCUCGAGGAUAUCGAGCGCGUCGUCGGGCCCGUCGCCGUUGUCGCCGCCUCGGGCAUGAUCACCCACGGCCCGUCGCUGUACGGCACAAGCGAAGCCGGAGGCGAAGUCAUCGAGAAACUCCGCACAACGUGGGCCUCCGUGUUUGGCCUUGCCUACUGUGGUCUGGACGUCUCCGACUAUGCUGAAAACCGCCCGUCGUCGCUCUGGGCCUCGGCGCCGGUCUCCUCGGGCUUCUUUGUCGAGGCCGGGCUCGGCGCCGAGCUCGCCGCUCGCGGCGUCCCGCCGCCGUUCACCAUUGUCCACGAGGCGUCCGAGAGCAAGGACAUCUACCGCAUCAUGCGGACGACGGACUUUGCCAAGGUGGCUGAGCUCUCCCUGGCCGCAAAGUCGCUCCAACUACCAUCGGCCCGCACCUCCACCCUCGACUUUGGCCGUGGCACCGGCAUCUAUGCCUCUGCCAGUCGACUCACCUCAUCGCCAGACGCCCAGGGCAGCAUCCCGCGCCGCGCGGGCAACCCAGCCCGCAGAUCCGGUGCAGGCGCAAACUCGGUCUCGGUCUCGAUAUCCAAGUCCAGGUCCAAGUCGAUGGCCAAGUCGACUUCGAGGCCAAAGUCUAGGGGCGCCACCCGUAUUGUUCGCGGUGGCAGUGGCCAAGGGCUGGCGGCACUCCCGCCGAGCCCAGGCCUCCCACCGGCGUCGGCCUCGCUCCAGCCGCCAUCGUUGAGCCCUGGCACGAUCGGCGGAGCUGGUAUGCGCACCAGCGACUUGCUGCGACCAGACUCGGAGCCCAGCAUACUGUCGCGGAGCAUGCGGGGCAAGCGGAGCAAGUCACAUCGCCACAACCCUCUGCGUCAGACCAUCGACGCAGAGCUUUCUGUGUCGCGGGAGGCGGACACGUCGCUCAUGGACAGCUCAUCGGCGUCAGUCCCUGCCGGGACCAUUGUGACUGACACUAGGCUCGACGUCGUCACCGAACAGGAGGAGGACGAGAUGACGUCGUCGGAGAGCUGUCACCAGGGCGCAAGCGGUGAUGGCCGCGGCGAUCACAAGGUCCAGCUGGAGGGCAGGGCUGGGUCCAAGUCCAAGGCCAAGGGUAGGAGCAAGGCCAAGGGCAAGGCCAAAGCCAAGGCCAAGGGUAGGAGAAAAGCCAAGGCCAAGGCCAAGGCCAAUCGCAAGGUCGAGGGCAAAGCCAAGGCCAAAGGUAAGGGCAAAGGUAAGGGCAAGGCCAAGGUCAAGGGUAAGGCCAAGGGUAAGGCCAAGAAGAGACGAUCGGACACUGGCGGAUCAAGGGCACAGCGCAGCCUGGGAUCGCCCUCGCGGAAGCGCAGGGAGACCAAGAUCCGGCGGGUGCGCAGGCCGCGAGCAGAGGCCGCGACUACGUGCCACGGGGAAUCGAGCAGCUCGCACCCGGACUCGCCGUCAGCGCACGGCACGGCAUCGACAUCGGCGACAAAGCACGACGAGAGGGUGCAUAGUGGCUCGUCCAACUUGCGCUUGGACUCGACGGCGUUGGCGUCAUCGGCUCUGGCGCUGCCGCUCUCUGCACUGCCGAUGAGCGGAUCGUCGGCGUCUGCUCACGUCUCGCCGCGGCUGGCGCCUGUGCUCGGCGUCCGCGGCGAAAAGUGGAUCUGCGAGCGGAAGCUGAUGCGGGAGCUUGUGCUGCAGGAAGGCCCGUCUGUGCGCGGCUCGUGCUCGCAGGUAGUCGAAGCCGAACUCGACGGAGCGGCUGUCGUAGUCAAGGUCCUACUGCGGCAGGCCAUGGACUUGGAGAGCCUGGUGCGGUUUGCGCGCGAUAGCGCGGCAGCGACAACAGUAGCGGCGUGCUCGUCGGUCCUUGCGCCGCUCAUCCACGUCUGCUUUGAUGCGCCAUACAUCGGCCUCAUCGGCCCGCACUUUCAGGACGGCUCACUGGCAACGGUCGAGCGCGUGGCGACAACAAAGAUCGGACGCAAGCCGUUGCGCAGGGAGCUCCACACGCCCAAGACUGCAGCAGGCGCGCCGAUCCGGCUCGACAAGGACGGGGCCCACACCGUGAUCGUCGACGUCCUCCAGGCGCUCGUCGAGCUGCACGAGCGCGGUAUGGCGCACGGCUCGCUUCGGCCGUCAAACAUCUUCCUCCGCGUUGACGACAGCGGCAGCGUGGUCUGCGGCGCGUCGGUCACCGACUUUGGCCUCGGCGGCAUCAAGUCGAGCAUGGGCACCAUGACGGUCGUUCCCUCGGUGGCGUACAUGUCGCCGGACGAACUACGCGGCUCGGCGGCGUCGCCCGAGUCGGACAUGUUUGUCUUUGGCACGCUCCUCUACGAGCUCGUCACGGGCCAGACCGCGUUUUCCGGCAUCAAUGCUCUCGAGGUCGGGCACGCCAUCCUGAUGGGCACCCGCCCGGCGCUCGUCGACAUCUUCCCGCUGGCCGUCCGUGACAUGAUCGCCGCCUGCUGGGCCGACAACCCGCGGCUCCGGCCACAAGCCUCGCACCUCCUCGCCGACUUUAAGUUCCGCAACGUGGCUAUGAUCUUGUUGCCCGUGGAUGGGCCCAAGUGAUGCCCGUAUGAAUAGUUCCUGUGGUUGUCGAUGGUGGCUGUUAGUUGUGAUGAUCACAUCUGGCCGUCCGACCUUGCCUCCCCAUUAUUGCCAUUGACUCGCAUAAUGUAGAUAUACAUGUUUGCCUC